AGAGCAGCCAAACCCUCCUUCCCUCGCCUUUCACCUUCCUCGUUUUGGAGGCGAUGCCCAAAGUGAAGAGGAGCAGGAAGCCUCCCCCGGAUGGCUGGGAGCUGAUUGAGCCAACGCUGGAUGAGCUGGAUCAGAAGAUGAGAGAAGCGGAGACUGAGCCUCACGAAGGGAAGAGGAAAGUGGAAUCCCUGUGGCCUAUCUUCAGAAUUCAUCACCAGAAAACACGUUACAUCUUUGAUCUCUUCUAUAAAAGAAAAGCUAUCAGCAGAGAACUCUAUGAAUACUGCAUCAAGGAAGGAUACGCUGACAAAAACCUGAUUGCAAAGUGGAAGAAACAGGGUUAUGAGAACCUCUGCUGCCUGCGGUGCAUCCAGACGCGGGACACCAACUUUGGAACCAACUGCAUCUGCAGGGUCCCCAAAAGCAAGCUGGAAGUGGGGAGGAUCAUCGAAUGCACUCACUGCGGCUGCAGAGGCUGUUCUGGGUGAAGCCUUUAGCCAUCAGACUGCUUUUUGAACUGAGGGAUACCAUCCUCCUCAACAGACUGGUAGUGCAGUCCUAGCCACCUCUGUGUGAGGGGAUAUUUCCCUAUAGCAACUAAACCAGCAGCACUCAUCUGGAUCGUAUACAGGGGGGGUUGUGCUGGAGUAGGUUUUUGUGUAGCCAUUUGUUUUGAAAUAAAGUCUGCCUUCCUGAGACA